AAAUGGGUAUCGCGCUUUAUCCAGAGCCAGCUAGAGCUUUAGACGAAGUGGAGUAGAAGGCUUAAUAGCCAGCGCGCCUAGUAUGAAGAUUCUGCUAUAAUCGCAGCGUGGUUUAAGCUAGUAGAGGAGAUCCGCCAGACGUACGGCGUGCUAGACCAGGAUAUCUACAACUUUGACGAGACUGGGUUCGCGAUGGGCGUCGCUAGCACGUCAAAAGUCGUGACUAGCUCUGAUAGAGUUGGUCGGGCAGUCGUCGUACAGCCAGGCAAUCGUGAGUGGGUUAUAGCGAUCGAAUGCGUCAACGCGUCUGGCUGGUCUCUGCCACCGUUCGUGAUACUGGCUGGUAAGGUCCACCAAAGUAGCUGGUACCGCAAUCUCCCACCAGACUGGGCUAUUGGCGUCUCAGAAAAUGGCUGGACGAUAGAUGAGCUUGGUGUAGAGUGGGUAAAGCAUUUCAACCAGCAUACAGCGACUCGUACAGCUGGAGUCUAUCGGCUACUUAUUCUAGACGGCUAUAGCAGUCACGCUACGCCCGAGUUCGACCAAUACUGCGCAGAGAAUAAGAUAAUUACUCUCUGUAUGCCGCCUUAUACGUCGCACCUCCUUCAGCCUCUAGACGUAAGCUGCUUCUCCCCGCUCAAGCGCGCGUACGGACGUGAGGUAGAGGAGCUCGCCCGCCAGAGCCUUCACCACGUCGACAAGACGGACUUUCUUAUAGUCUAUACACGGAUCCGGCCGACAGUAUUCACGCAGUAGAAUAUCCAAGCAGGCUUUCGGGCGACAGGUCUUAUCCCUCCUUGCUUAGAUCGCGUUCUAUCGUCACUGACUGUCGCAGAGACACCCCAUACGGUAGCUCAG